AUGGCCGUUUCGAAUCGAAUUGUACCUACUGAACAAGAGAAUACCUCGGAUAUCAGCAUCUUUGCUGGAACUGAAACGAAUCGAUCCACACGUGAUUUGACCGAAGAGAAAGUCGCUUUUGUAUGGUUUCAAAUUCUAACUGAAAUUCUUGUUAAAAUGCCACAAUUGCCAACAGCACGUGACGAAAUGCUUGAACAAUGGCGUCAAGCAUGUAGCACUGGACGCAAUGAGACAAAUAUUAUAAAAAAUUUUUGCCGUGAUUACAAUCCGAAAAAGGCACUUUAUUGGUACACUCGCAAUACACAUCUCUAUAAACUUCUCAAUAAAUCAUUACGAACGGAAAACGUUGAUAAUAUAUACAAGUUUCGGUUUUUUAUUGCUGAUUUGCAUCGGCAAUUGACUGAAUUAUUUCAAUCGUCGAAACCUAUGAAUCAAGUAAUGACAGUGUAUCGUGGUCAACGUAUGACAAUGCGUGAAAUUGAAAAUUUGCGUCGUAAUCAUCACGGUCUGAUUUCAAUGAAUAGCUUUAUUUCAACAUCUGUUAGUCGGAAGGUAACAGAAAGAUUUCUUGCAAGAUCAAAUACAAGCGAGCAAGAAAAAACUGCUGCAGUUCUGUUCAAGAUGACCAUUAGUGCUGAUAUAGCUCGACAAACGGAAAAGCCAUUCGUUGAUAUUCGAAAUUAUAGUUCCUUUCCACAAGAAGAAGAAAUUCUCUUGAGCAUGGGUACUAUAUUUCGAAUUGAUGAAAUCGAACAAAGUUCACCGGAUUCAUUUUACUUCGAGCUGACCAUGUGCAUAGGCGAUACGGAUCCUCAGCAUAAGGCAUUUUACGACUAUGCCAAAGGAGAAAUAGCCUGCACAAAGAACAUUAACUAUUCUGCAUAUGGAAAAUUUCUCGCUCUUAUGUCUAAUUUUGAAAGUUCAAUUGCUUAUUACCGUCAAGUUUUAUCACAAAUGCCCAAUCAAUUGCAGCUCAGUGAAAUCGAUCUAGCAACAAUUCACAAUGAUUUUGCCUAUGCAUAUCGUGAUUCUCAUCGUUAUCAAGAAGCAUUAAAACACUAUCAAAAAGCCCUUGAAAUAAGACAAAAACUAGGACCAGCUCAUGAAGAAGAUUUGGCGACGACCUACAGUGAUUUUGGAUGGCUGCUCAUGAAUAUGGGUGAUACACAGAAAGCACUUGAUUUUCAUCAACGAGCAUUGAACAUUCGAGAGAGAAUUUUAGGUCACAACAAUGUUGAUACUGCCAUGUCAUAUAAUUGUAUUGGUCUUGUUGCUGCUAAAACUGGUGAUUUUGAUCGAGCCUUGACUUGUCUUGAAGAAGCAUUGGCUAUCCGACAACGUUGUUUAUCCGCCUAUAAUCCUUACACUGCCAUGUCCUAUUCAUCGUUGGGAUCAUACUAUGAAGCACUCAGUGAACACUUUCAAAAGAAAAAUAUGCGCGACAAAGCUCUUCAAUAUCGCUCUCAAGCUUUGGAUAUGAAUAAGCAAGCUCUUCUAAUUUAUAAAACAUCAGUACCUCCCACACAUGGAAUUCUUGCAAACAGCUACGCGUCAAUAGGAUCAAUCUAUUUGAAUCAAGAACAAUGGCAAAAAGCCAUUGAACAUUUAAUGGCAUGUGCAACCAUUCAACGUAAAAAAGGCAUCAGUACUCUUGCAUGCACGCUUAACCAAUUGGGACAAGCUUAUUCAGGACAAGGCGAAUAUCAACAAGCCAUAACUUCUUAUCAAGAAGCUUUAACUGUGGCAGAAAAAAACAACAAUAACGAAUUAGUGACACAACUCAAGACAAAUAUUGAAAGAUGUAAACAGAAUUUAUCCUAA